AUGUCUCAAUCCCAAGCAUUCGUUCUCGUUGGGGGGGUCUCGCAUACCGCGGCAUUUUUCGAAGUUCUUAUUAAGGAAUUAGAACAUCAUGGCCACCAAUCUCAUGCUGUCAGCUACCCCACCGUUGGUUGUGACACUGCCGGUACAACACAGCAAGAUGAAGUGAAAGCAAUUCAGGAUGCUAUCGCCCAUUUUGUGGACGAUGAACAGAAGGACGUUAUCCUGGUUAUGCAUUCAUAUGGUGGAUGGCCCGGUAGCAGAGCUGUAAAGGGAUUUGAUAAGGAGACUAGAAUUAAGGAGGGGAAACAGCAUGGUAUUAUUGAGCUCGUUUUUCUGGCUGCAUUUUUGCUCCCUGAUAACGCCCCGAUGGCUCAGUUCUCAUAUUUACCACACUGGUUGACCAAUGAGAACGGUGAGCGCAUUCCCAAUAAACAUUCGAUCCCACUCCUGUUCAGCGAUCUAGACCCGAUUGCUCAACAGCAUUGGUUCUCCAGAUUUGAGCCUCAGCGUAAUGAUUUCACUGCCGAAACCGUUCCCGAUGCUCCCUGGCAUUUGUCGGUGCCGAAAACCUAUAUCAUCACUACUGGCGAUAAAACAGCUACUAUCCAGUUUCAACUGACCAUGCUGCAAGCAGUGAUGGAUGAUACUUGGUCAAUUAAGACCAUAAAAGCAGGCCAUGAGCCGUUCCUAAGCCAGCCAGUGAAUUUGGCCAAGGUCUUGCUACAGCCGACAUAUUAA